AUGAUUGAGUUUGAACGGCUUAAUUUCAUUCGAUAUAACCAGAGUCAUCUGAGAGCUGAGUUGUACAAAAAUAUAAAACAUUCAUUAGAUAGCGGUGAAGAUGCAGCACUGAGCAAUGGAAAAUGUAUCAUUAUACCUUCUUCAUUCACAGGUGGACCUAGAUAUAUGGCUGAAAAUUGUAAAGAUGCUUUCGCAAUUUGCCGUUGGGCUGGAUAUCCUCUUCUUUUUAUAACAAUUACCUGCAAUCCUAAGUGGCCAGAAAUUACACGAUUUGUUAGGGCCAGACAGCUGAACCCUGAAGAUCGGCCUGAUAUUCUAUGCAGAGUCUUCAAGUUCAAAUUGGACCAGUUGCUACGUGAUUUAAAAAAGGAAAAUAUUCUUGGCAGAGUCAUUGCAUAUGUUUGUACAAUCGAAUUCCAAAAGCGCGGACUACCUCAUGCUCAUAUUCUUCUAUUCUUGAACCCUUCAAGCAAAGUUGAAAGUGCUCUUGAUAUUGAUAAAUUGAUUUCAGCGGAGAUACCUGACAAGGAAACGAAUCCUACGCUGUUUAUGGCUGUCACGAGUUACAUGAUACAUGGUCCAUGUGGUCCUGAAUAUUACAAAUCUCCUUGCAUGAAGGACGGACGGUGUUCAAAAAUAUUUCCAAAAAACUUCUGCUCCCGUACUUUUAUUGACGAUGAUGGAUUUCCUCAUUAUAAGAGAAGAAAUGAUGGGAGAGUUGUGAACAAAAAUGGUGUUGAACUUGAUAAUCGUUAUGUUGUGCCCUAUAAUGCACACCUUCUUUUAAAGUACCAGGAUCAUAUCAACGUUGAAUAUACUUGCCAGAGAAGUGCCAUUAAAUAUCUUUUUAAAUACAUCCACAAAGGGAAUGACAGAGUGACAGCUGCCAUAAAUCAUUCGGACGAUGAAAUAAAAAUAUUUUAUGACUGCAGGUAUGUCUCCGCAUGUGAAGCAGCUUGGAGAAUAUUUGGAUUUGACAUUCAUUCGAGAUAUCCCCCUGUUCAGAGAUUGCCAUUUCACUUGCCUAAUGAAAAGAACAUUAUUUUCAGUGAUAAUGAUUCGUUGUAUGAUGUAAAGACAAGGGCGGAGUCUAGACUGUCAAUUUUUGAGUCUUGGAUGGAUGCAAAUAAAAAAUAUCUAGAAGGACUUCUGGAUGAUGACAAUGAGUACAUUGAUGCAAUUAAGGAGGCAAGUUCCUGGGGAUCUGCUGCUUAUCUUAGAUGUCUGUUUGCUCUGUUGUUAUUUGCCAACUCAAUGAACAGACCUGAAAAAGUUUGGGAAGAGUGUUGGAAAUUUUUAUCUGACGACGUUGUUUAUCGGCAUAGGAAAAGAAUAGGACGUCAAGACAAUGAGAAAUGCCUCUCUGAUUAUCCGUCAAUGCCACGCAUCAAUAGUGAAACUUUGCUUGAUAUGCAAAAUCAAUUAGUGUUGGAUGAAUUAAUGUAUGACAGAUUUGCUUUGGAAGAGGAGCAUAAAAGACUAUUUAAUUCCCUCACUGAUGAGCAGAAAGCUGUUUAUGAUAAAAUUGUUUCAGCAGUUACGGCAGGUAAUGGAGGGUUAUUUUUCCUAUACGGGUUCGGUGGUACAGGAAAAACAUUUAUUUGGAAUACUCUUUCAGCAUCUAUUAGAUCAAAAGCUGGAAUCGUACUUAAUGUUGCUUCUAGCGGAAUUUCUUCCCUUCUGCUUCCUGGAGGACGAACAGCGCAUUCUAGAUUUCGUAUUCCUAUUCAAAUCAAUGAAGAUUCAACGUGUAAUAUAAGGCCGAAAUCUACUAUAGCUGAGUUGUUGUCAAAAACAAAGUUAAUCAUUUGGGAUGAAGCUCCAAUGGUACAUAGAUUUUGCUUUGAGGCUCUGGAUAGGACACUGAGAGAUGUUCUUAGAAUUUCUGAUACAAGCUAUGUUGAUAUGCCAUUUGGUGGAAAAGUUGUUGUUCUAGGAGGUGACUUUCGGCAAAUAUUACCUGUCAUUCCUCAUGGCAGCAGACAAGAUAUAGUUCAUGCAACCAUCAAUUCUUCUCAUCUAUGGUCCAAUUGUCAUUUAUUAACUUUGACCAAGAACAUGCGUCUUAAUUCUAGAAGUAGCACUCACAAUUUAGAGGAAAUAAAAGAAUUUUCUGAGUGGCUACUUAAAGUUGGGGAUGGUAAUCUUGGAGAUGAUGUUGAUGGAGAAUCUAUUCUAACAAUUCCAGAUGAAUUGUUGAUUAGAGAAUCGGAAGAUCCGUUGUCGGAUAUGGUUAAUUUUGUUUAUCCGAAUCUCUUGGAUAAUAUUUUGGAUCAGACCUUAUUUAAAGAACGUGUUAUUCUAACUCCUAAAUUGUCCGAUGUUGCUAUGCUAAAUGAGCACCUAAUGUCUAUGAUUCCUGGUGAAGAAAGGACUUUUUUGAGUUCGGAUAAAAUUCUUAAGCAAGGUGGGACUUCCUCUGUUGAGGAUGAUGAAAUCACCCCUGAGAUCUUAAAUACAUUAUCAUGCUCAGGGAUUCCUGAUAAUAAAUUAAUCUUGAAAGUUAAAGUUCCAGUAAUGCUAUUAAGAAAUAUUGAUCAGUCGAGAGGUUUAUGCAAUGGCACGAGAUUGCUUAUUACAAAAUUAGGGAAUCAUGUUGUUGAGGCAAUUGUACUUACAGGAAGCAAUAUAGGGGAAACUAUGUUAAUCCCUAGAAUGACGAUGAGCCCAUCGAUUCUUGCUUGUAUUCUCUUUGUUCUCUCAUUGUUCAUCUUGUUCCUUCUCGAGAUUUCCAAUUAG